UUUGCUAUAUAAAAAAAAACAACAAUGGAAGAGGCUCUCAUACCAAACUCAUCUCCCACUUUGCAGAUUCCCACAAAACAUCACACUACGUUUCACCCAGACGAAACACAGACGAGGGUAUUAAGAAAAGUUCAACCCUUUCAAUCGGUGAUCAUCGCCUUUCAUACUUGGCUCAAGAUCACAUCCCUUUGAGAAAGACAAAGAUCUAAAGAGAAUUACAUAUUGUUUGAAACAUCUAAAGAGUUGAGAGAUGGGUCUAUCAAGCCUUCCUGGUCCAUCAGAAGGAAUGCUAUGCAUUAUAUUAGUUAACACUGCAUUAUCAAUCUCCAUGUUCAAAGGCAUUGUCAGAUCAGUGCUUCACCUAGUAGGAAUCAAUCUCUCUCCCUCUUCAGCAGCUCCAGCUACAUCUUCAGAGAUUCCAACUUCAGAGACUUACGAUUUCCGGGUCUGCCAGCCUGAGAGUUUCCUUGAGGAGUUCAGGAACAGGACUCCAACACUCAAGUUCGAGAGCUUGUGCAAGAAACAGGAGGACAGCGAGUGUUCUGUAUGCCUGUCGAAAUUCGAAGAGGAUUCAGAGGUCAACAAGCUCAACUGUGGACACUUGUUUCACAAAACAUGCUUGGAGAAAUGGAUAGACUACUGGAACAUCACUUGCCCACUGUGUAGGACUCCUCUUGUUGCAGUGGCAGGUGAAGACCAGCAGGUUCCUUCUUAUGUUUGGUGACUACUUUUCUCUGUAUAGAGGUCUUUUUAUUUGGGUUUGGGUGUGUUUGUUGGUGUGUACAGCUACUACAACUACUCUUACUAUGGAAUUAGGUUGCGUCACGGUUGAUUCUUCAGCAGAAUUAGACCGGGGAUGGGGUUAUCUGAUGUACAUAUCUUGUGAGUUAUAUAUGUAUACCCAUGUGUAAUGGAAGCUCUUGUUUGAACAUAUUCCUGUUGAAUCUAUGUGAGUGUGUGUAUUAACAAGGAGUAAGAGCUCAGGCUUACAAAAGGUUAGAUGGAUAACAGGAAUAAGGAAGCAUGUGUAUACUUUUGGAUUUUAGGUGUUACCUGCAGUUGACAGUUGGAUG